GAUCGAUAUUGAGCUUUAGAAAGUGGAGCCGAGUUUGCUCAUCAAUUCAAGUUUAUAACAAACCGUUCCUCGUAAUCAUCGAACAUCGUCAGUAGCCCCCAAAAGCUUGAGAAGAAAAGGAAAAACAAAUCGAACUAUAACAAUUCGCAGCAAAAUGGCAUCUGCACUAAACAAAAUUGCGCUCUCCUCAACUUGUUCUUCACUGCCCUCCAUUUCCCCUUACAAGCACAAGACUUCGAGGUUUCUUACCAGGAUAGGUCACGAAAAUCCUCGGAAAGGCGCCAUCUUUUUCUCCUUUUCUCGGUCAUAUGCAUCUCGGGCUAUGGCUCGUGAUGUUGGCAAUGUGCAGAGGCAAAUUAGUAGUCUCGAAUCUCUCUUUUGUUACAAUAAACCGAUUCCCGAGGAAAUAAUCGAGAAACCUGUUGGUUUAUCUCUACCCGAAAAAGAUAUCGGGGACAAUCCUCGAUGCACGAGCUGUCAGACGAAAGGGGCCAUUCUUUGCGCCACUUGUUCCGGUUCAGGCUUAUAUGUGGAUUCUAUCUUGGAGAGCCAAGGAAUAAUUGUCAAAGUUGUGGAGGAACUGGGAAUAUUAUGUGCUCCGAAUGUGGUGGCCGGGGCCACAUUUGACUGGGCUUCUAUGAACAAGGGCUGCGACGCGUCAAUCCUGAUCGACCCCACCGCCACCUCACCAUCGGAAAAGGACGCGGGCCCCAACGAGACCGUCCGCGGCUACGACCUAAUCGACUCCGCCAAGAAAGCCCUCGAAGCCGCGUGCCCCUCGACCGUCUCGUGCGCCGACAUCAUCACCCUAGCCACCCGGGACUCCGUCACCCUCGCCGGCGGGCCCAGAUACGACGUCCCCACGGGCCGUCGAGACGGGCUCGUCUCCGACCCAAACGAGGCCGCGAGCCUCCCGGGCCCGUCCGACCCCAUUCGGGCCGUGCUCGGGCUCUUCCGGGCCAAGGGCCUCACCGCCAACGACACGGUGGCCCUCCUCGGGGCCCACACCGUCGGCGUGGCCCACUGCGCGUUUUUCCAAGACCGGCUCACGGGCUUCGGGCCGUCCGGUAAUAGGCCCGACCCGAACAUGGACCCGGGCCUUGCAGCCCGGUUAAGGAGGUUGUGUGGGACGGAGAUCCGGCCGUUGGAUCGGGACCCGACGGCGUUCCUCGAUCAGGGGACGCCGUUCGGUUUCGACAAUCAAUUUUACAAUCAGACGGUUUUUCGGAGGGGCAUUUUGGAGAUUGAUCGGGCGCUAGUGGUCGACCGGACGACACGGCCGAUCGUGUUGGGUUUCGCGAAAAACGGCGUCGUUUUCGGGCAGAGUUUUGCGAGGGCUAUGGUGAAGAUGAGCAAGAUUGAAGUUCUCGUGGGGAAGGCCGGCGAGAUAAGGAGAAAUUGCCGGGUUUUUAAUCCAAAACCAUCUCGAUCUCGUCGUGGAGUUUGAUUACUCGAGUGGGUUUAAACUAAUUAAUUGAUUGUUUUUACUUUUUUGUAUUUCAUAUUUUGAUAUUUG